ACCAAUUGUAAUUCAUCAUCCUGUGCUCCUUCCUUUAUAUUCAACAUAUCCUGUCUUGAUUCCUUGAUUACCAUCAUCAUGACCCUCGACCAACCGGAUACGGUGUUAGACCAAGCUCAAAAGGCCGCGGAGACGGCCGACGUGGCCGCUUACCUGGACGCCCGCCAGCACUUGAUACACCGCGAACGAUCCCUACGCCUAGAUGCACCUAAACUCGCUUCUCUUUCUGCAGAGGAGGAGCUCGCUAAUGAGAUUUUGCUUAAAUUGCGAACACAGCAGCUCAGAUCUCUACCUCAAACCGAAGGAGAUCUGGCAUCCUCCGCUGCUUCGUCUGGAUAUACUACUUUCCGCGAUGAGCCUUUCUACCGCUCCAAGUUGGCUGGCGCAUUUGCCGAUGGCCCCCUCCCUGACAUCUUCAAGAAGAUGCCCAAAGGUGCCAACUUGCAUUGCCAUCUAGACGGCUCUUGCGAUGCCCGCUUUCUUCUCCAUCUUGCAGCCACAACCAAAGACUUGUGCAUCCAGUCUAAUAUCUCUAUUAUCUCUCAGCAAGAUCUAUUCAAGGCCACGAUCAAGUUCCGAGUCUUCCCUGGUGCAGAAGAGCAAUAUGCCAUUCAGCAUCCGAAGCAGGGUGCAACGACACCGUCCAUCUUCACAUCAAGCUACAAUCCUUUUGAUUGGAUCCCAGUCACUGUCGUGCGACAUAGAUUCCCUUUCCCGUAUGCAUAUCUUGCAAAGCAUGGCUUGGACCUCAUGUCUCCUACGACGCCGUCGUCACCCCCUCUUGCAUUCGAUUCCUGGCUGCACACCUUGAUCACCAUGACACCACACGCAGGCGGGCCUGAACGGCGCACGAGCUCGGCAGCUUGGGGUCACUUCCUUACUACAUUCGGCGUAAUAGAAGGAAUCAUAGGAUACGAGCCGAACUUCAAAGUUUUCUGCAAAGAGAUCAUGCUACAAAUGGCAAGAGACGGUGUUCGCUACUUUGAAGCAAGGGUCAACUUUUUGACAGAGUUCAUGGUGCGCUGGAAUGGGGAACUUACCCUUGGGCAUCUGGACUGGUGCCGAAUUUUUCUCGAAGCCCAAGCAGAAGCAAAAGAGCAGCUCGCGCAAGAAGGCUUCGCCUUUGAUGGCGCCCGGGUCAUCUACUCCACUGUGCGCGUAAUCAAUAAUGAACAACUCAGAGCUAGCAUGCUGGACUGCAUCUCACUCAAAACGAAGUACCCAGACCUUAUCGUAGGCUUCGAUCUUGUAGGACACGAAGACCCUGGUAUCCCAGCCAAAGCCUAUUUGCCCGUGCUUCUCUGGUUCCGGCAGCACACGCUUGCGCUGGGACUCGACAUCCCAUUCAUCCUGCACGGCGGGGAGACGCUCGGUGAUGGUGAAGCUGCAGAUGAAAAUCUAUAUGAUGUAUUGCUCCUCGGAUCCAAGCGCAUCGGCCACGGCUAUUCUCUCUACAAGCAUCCUAUCCUGAUGGACUUGUGCAAGAAGCGGAAUGUUCUAAUCGAAUGCUGCCCGAUCUCAAAUGAAGUCCUCGGUUAUACAGCAAGCAUCUCAGGCCACCCACUCCCUGCAUUGCUUGCAAAUGGAGUGCCGGUCGCGAUAUGCAACGACGACUGUUCCAUGUUUGGCAAUGUUGGAUUGACCCCUGAUUUAUUUACGGUAUUUAUGGGUAUAGAAUCGUUGUGCUUGAGCUCGCUCAACGUCCUCACGCGCAAAUCGAUCGAGCAUUCUCAGAUGCCGGAAGCGCAGAAGAAGACGUCGCUGCUUGAUUUUGAUGCGCAGUGGGCCGAGUUUAUCACAUGGAUCAUAACACACUAUCGGUAAUGCACACAUGCAAGAGGGCAAGUUGUAUCACAUUCAAGAAACCG